CUGGAAAAGUGUGCUCAGGAUUUGGGAAGUACAUCCAAGGCUGUUGGCUCCUCCAUGGCUCAGCUGCUGACAUGUGCUGCACAGGGCAAUGAACAUUAUACAGGUGUUGCUGCUCGAGAAACAGCCCAGGCUUUGAGAACGUUGGCCCAAGCAGCCAGAGGUGUGGCAGCCAGCACCAAGGAGCCUCAGGCUGCAGCUGCAAUGUUAGACUCAGCCCAGUAUGUGAUGGAGGGCUCAGCCAUGCUGAUCCAUGAGGCCCACCAGGCUCUGGUUCACCCUGGAGAUGCUGAGAGUCAACAGAGACUGGCACAGGUAGCCAAAGCGGUGUCUCACUCCCUGAAUAACUGUGUGAAUUGCCUGCCCGGCCAGAAGGACGUUGACAUGGCUCUAAGGAGCAUCGGAGAAGCCAGCAAGAAGCUACUAGUGGACUUUCUCCUGCCCUGCAAUAAGACAUUCCAGGAGGCCCAGACUGAUCUGAACCACACUGCAGCUGAGCUCAACCACUCAGCAGGAGAGGUCGUCCACUCAUCUCGUGGAACAAGCAGCCAGCUGGCUACAGCCUCGGGGAAGUUCAGCCAAGACUUUGAUGAGUUCCUGGAUGCUGGCAUAGAGAUGGCAGGACACACCCAAAGCAAAGACGACCAGAUCCAAGUCAUUGGUAAUCUAAAGAACAUCUCCAUGGCAUCCAGUAAGCUGCUACUGGCUGCCAAGUCUCUGUCUGUGGAUCCAGGUGCAGCCAAUGCAAAGAAUCUGCUAGCUGUGGCAGCAAGGGCGGUGACAGAGAGUAUUAACCAGCUGAUAACGCUCUGUACCCAGCAAGCAGCGGGACAAAAGGAGUGUGACAAUGCCCUGAGGGAGCUAGAGGCUGUCAGAGGUCUCCUAGGCAACCUUAACGAGCCUGUAAAUGAACUCUCCUACUUUGAUUGCAUUGAAAGCGUCAUGGAGAACUCAAAGGUUCUGGGUGAGUCCAUGGCAGGUAUUUCUCAGCACUGUAAAACAGGUGAUGUGUUGGCCUUUGGAGAAAGUGUGAGCUUGGCAUCCAAAGCUCUAUGCGGGCUGACAGAAGCUGCAGGACAGGCGUCGUAUCUCGUGGGUGUUUCUGAUCCCAAUAGUCACUCAGGUCAUGAAGGGCUUGUGGACCCUAUUCAAUUUGCACGAGCCCACCAAGCCAUACAGAUGGCUUGUCAGAACUUAGUGGAUCCUGCCAGCAGUCCCUCACAGGUCUUAUCUGCAGCAACAAUUGUAGCCAAGCACACCUCGGCUCUCUGCAACGCAUGUCGUCUUGCUUCUUCUAAAACCUCCAACCCCGUGGCCAGGAGGCAGUUUGUCCAGUCGGCCAAAGAGGUGGCCAACACCACCGCCAACCUCGUCAAAACCAUCAAGGUCAACUCCCCAACUGAUCAAAACAUGCUAGAUGGGGAUUUUUCUGACGAGAACAGAAACAAGUGUCGGGCUGCUACAACUCCUCUCCUCGAGGCUGUAGAAAACCUGUCAACCUUUGCCAACAACCCCGACUUUGCAAGCAUCCCACCUCAGAUCAGUAAUGAGGGCUCAGCAGCUCAGGAGCCUAUUGUGCGUUCAGCUCGCUGUAUGCUCGACAGUUCCACGUAUCUUAUAGAAACAGCCCGCUCACUGGUCCUCAACCCCAAAGAUCCCCCCACCUGGUCCAUUCUAGCCGGCCACUCCAGGACGUCUGAGAUGUGGGCCAGGUGGGUCCCGGUACCGGUCCGAAUCUCAGGAGCCAGUAACAUGCGCAAGGGCGCACAGAGCAGCAGCGCGCAGCGUGAGCACCAACAAGUAGUGAGGUUGGAUGGGCGAGCUGUGAAGCUGAGGAGUUUAGGUAGCAGAACUUUAUCCAGGGGCAGGCAAGGGUCAAAACCAGAGAGGAAUGCAGCCAGGCAGAAGAACCAAAAGGAGAAUCCAAAAAUCGUGGUCAAGGAGCAAAAACAGUCGUCAAUAUGGUCAGAUAUAGGCGAGGAAUCCAACUUGGAGAGCGUCGACCCCUCUGGAGACUUGGAGAGCAUCGGCCCCCCUGGAGACUUGGAGAGCGCCGGACCCUCCGGAGACUUGGAGAUCUGGGAGCUGCUGGGGCAGCUGGCCUGGGGCUCUCUGGCCUCGGACUCUGUGAGACCACGGCAGCUGGCCUCGGACUCUGUGAGACCACGGCAGUUGGUCUCGGACUCUGUGAGACCACGGCAGCUGGUCUCGGAGUCUGUGGGACAGCUGGAAACGUUUGGGGCAAGGGCUCUGAAGGCGGAGGGAGCCCUGCUGAAGCCCAAUGAGCAGCAGUGCAUCCUGGGAGCUCCAACUCUGCAGGGACUGGGUGAAAGUUCAAAGGGCAGAAAGGGAGCCAACAAGAAAUACAACACGAACCUGUGGAUUGCAUAA